UUCUGCGGUUAAUGUUUACAUCUUUAACCAUUUUUACGUCCAAAAUUAUACACCCACAUACGUAUAUCUGUGUAUGAAUUUAUAUACCUGUGUAUGUAUAUAUAUAUUUAUGAUUAGGCGCGUAUAUAUCUACUGCUGGUGUUGAUUUGCUUAAAAACAUAUGUAUUGACGUGUUUAUAAUGUUGAUUAUUUGAUGCACACGCUUAAUUUCUUUCACCGUGGGACUUAUAUUAUACACGCUUCAAGACAUUUAUUCAAGUAAAUUACUCCUCCGCUGUUGUUCACCGAAAAUAUAAUUCCACCAACAUGUCUCGUGCGAUCCACCGUGGUCAGUUUAUUGUCUUUGAAGGUAUCGAUAAAUGUGGAAAAAGUACUCAAAGUCAAAAACUAAAAAAUGCUUUUGAGAAAAUUGGGAAGAAAGUUAUCUUACAGAAAUUUCCCAACCGUGAAACGCUUACCGGAUCUAUGAUUGAUAAAUAUUUAAAGAAAGAAGUAAAUUAUCCUGAUCAAUUCAUUCACCUGUUAUUUUCUGCUAACCGAUGGGAAUGUAUGGCAGAACUGGAAAGAGCUCUCCAUUGUGGCACAUCUGUUAUAUUGGACCGUUAUGCUUUUUCUGGGGUUGCCUACACUGCUGCCAAAGGUUCUCUUUCUGUUAAAUGGUGCAAAGCACCUGACAGUGGUUUGUUAAAACCAGACUGUGUGUUCUUUUUGAAUCUCCAUCCUGAAAUUGCAAAUUGUCGAAGUGGUGCAGGUGAUGAACGCUAUGAGCAAGUUGAAUUUCAAAAGAAAGUUUUGGAACAGUUUAUGAAGCUAAAGGAUGAAACUUGGAAAAUUAUUGACGCUAACGAAUCAGAAGACAAAAUCUUCAGUAAUAUUUAUCAGUAUGCAUUAUCUCUUAAUAAUCAAGAAUUGACAAAGCUUUGGCUAACAGACUUUUAACAGGGAUGGAAAAUAAGUAAUCAUUAGUUCUGCAUUUAAUGUUUGUAACCAAAAUUUAAUAAAUUGUAGUAAAUCAGUGGUUAAAUCUACAAAAUUUCCUUAUUUUCAUUUAAAGUUUAUGUAACAAUCAUCAUGCACAUUUAAAUUUAUGAAGUGGUUUCUACAUAAAUGACCAUCUCUAUUUGAUUCAUAUGAAUUUAUAUAUUUUUUUGUCUGUUCAUAAGAUGUCAGCAGACAAAAUAAAAAAAGAACAAACAAUAA